AUGAACUGCUCUUUUCCAAGCUUGGCCAAAUUUCGAAUCCUGUUUUAUCCACUAUCGAAUCGUUCUGGCGUUAUUUUUGCUCGGUCGGACAACCGCGAUCCGAGUUCGACUGCAGCAAAGCUGUGGACGGAAGAAAGGGAUGUUGAGCGAAGGAUGUAUAUUUCGCGCAAAUUUUGUACGAGUUUAUGGAUGAAUGCUGAGGAUGGUGAACGUUCCUGUUGUUGGUGCUAUUUGUUGUCUACGAUUGGAAUAUGUGGGCUUCUGUUCCUAUUCGUGCUGUUCUCAUCACGGGUUCGAUUCUACUUGAAAGUAUUUUUGUAUUUCUGGUUUCUCAUCUUUGCUGGGACUAUUGGAGGACUCGUAAGCAUACCAUAUGGAAGAACUACAAACAAUCAUUUUCGGAUGUUUGCAAUUUUUCAAUGGUUUUGCUCCUUUCUACGAAUUCGUUUUACUGUAAGGAACAAGCAGAAUAUAGAUAGCGACAAGCCGUUCAUCAUCAUUGCAAACCAUCAAAGCGCUCUGGAUGUGCUUGGAAUGUCUUAUUGUUGGCCCAAAAACUGCGCUGUGAUGCUAAAAAGCAGUCUCAAGUUCCUACCAGGAUUCAACCUCUGCGCGUAUAUGUGUAAUGCGGUCUUUAUCAAUCGAUUCAGUAAAGAAAAAGCACACAAAACUGUUGACACGACUUUAGCAGCUAUUAGCGAAUAUCAGCGAAAAAUUUGGAUCUAUCCUGAAGGAACUCGAAAUCCCGGGAAAACCAUGCUACCCUUCAAAAAGGGUGCAUUCAUUCUUGCGGUGGAAGCUAAGAUCCCAGUAGUGUGCUGCGUCUUCUCUUCGCACAAGUUCUUCUAUGAUGCUGCCGAGAGGAGACUGGACAGUGGCGAAUGUAUUGCGGAAAUUCUACCGCCCAUCGAUCCGUCAGGAUUUCACAGUGUUGAUGAUCUUAGCGAUCAUUGUCGCAACCUCAUGAUGGCCAAGCAUGAGCAGCUAAACAAAGAAUUACGCGAAAAAUUGGCUAAGAAAGAAAACUGA